UGCAACAGCCUGGGCGAGUCCCCACCCCGUUCGGCUCCUCCUGGUCCCAUGCCCUGCGCUGGGCUUCCCGAAGGCCGGCGGCAGGGCUUUAUAUGCUGCCUCCUGCCUGGCACAGAGGAGAAGGCUUGCCUUGCCUGUUCACCUUCCUCCUUGCUGCUGCGGCUGCAUCGCCAGCUCUGCGCGCCGCCUGCAAACCAUUGGAGAUUUGCAAGGAACUCCUCCUGGAGAAUCCAGCGCUCGGGACGGCCAGCACCAGUCUCCUCCCUCUCCCCUCCCUCUCCCCGCCAGGUCAGCCUCGCUGCGCCGUGCCCUGCGCUCGGCAGGCACGUCUAAGCCGGGUCCUGCCUGCCCUCCAGCAGCUCCCCCUCUUCCUCCUCCAGCUGAUCGAGGCUUCGUGGCUGGCUGCACGGUUUCAACAAGAUGGCGGGAUCGGUGGCAGAGAGGGACGCGGUGAAAAUAGAGGACGGGCAUUUGAACAACUCUUUGGGAUCCCCCGUACAAGCCGAGGUGUAUUUCCCACGACUGGUUGUCCCAUUCUGUGGGCACAUCAAAGGAGGAAUGAGGCCCGGCAAGAAAGUCUUAAUCAUGGGCAUCGUGGAUCUCAACCCAGAAAGUUUUGACAUCAGUCUCACGUGUGGGGACGCGGAUGAUCCUCCUGCUGACGUAGCUAUUGAACUGAAAGCCAUAUUCUCGGACAGACAGUUUCUCAGGAAUUCUUGCAUAUCUGGCGAAUGGGGAGAAGAACAAUCAUCUCUUCCUUACUUUCCAUUUAUUCCAGACCAGCCCUUUAGGGUUGAAAUACUUUGUGAGCACCCUCGUUUUAGAAUAUUCGUGGACGGACACCAGCUUUUUGAUUUUUACCACCGCGUUGAGAAGUUGUCAGCUAUUGAUACGAUAAAGAUAAAUGGAGAUCUCCAACUUACUAAACUUGGUUGACCUUGCUUUUUUAUUAAAAUAAAACAAACAGAAAAAGAUAAAAACCAAAAUUUUAGAUUCCAAAUUGGCUCAGGUGCCGUACACAUCUGUCUGAAGGAGCAAGCAACCCUUGAGCAACCUCCCUUGUAGGCAGACAUCACAGUUUCUUUCCAAUAAGCAGCAAAGAACAUGUUGAUGAACUGAAGAACUGCUUAUCCUAAUGAAGAAAGUGUGAUUGAUGAUUAAUAGAUACUGAGCCGUUCCCCUUUUUUCCUUUGGAAGUAAAAAGCCUACCCCUGCUGGAUAAUCAAAUUAUAAUGGAUCCUGGAAGAGUUACUUCAUUGGCUAAACUGCAGAAGCUAUUGAAAGGGCAGUUUUUGAAACAGUGCUAAAUAUAUUAUUAAACAGCAAGGAAAAAGUUUUCUUUUGAAAAUAUUGUUCCUGCACUUAAGUGGAUUAAUGUAAAUGUAACACAGAUCACAAAAGAGGGCCAAAUAUUGAAGUCCUUAUUCAGUGCCUAAUGCUAGUCUCAUUAAAAACAAUGGCAAAAAGUCCCAUGCACUUUAAUGGCACAUGAUUAGCUAGACACAGUGGCUGUAGUCCCGCACACUGUUCAGCACGCAUAUCCCAUUGAAUCAAGAGGACUUGAAUGUGCUCAAUUCUGCACUGGAUUGCAGCCCAGUUACUAUUGUUUCUACAGGAAAGGGCUGAAACUAGGUAAUGGCUUCUGAAUUUGGCCUUCGUAUUUUAGUCAGGGUAUGUGCAUAGAAUAUAGGUCAUUAAAUGUUUUUGCACAAUGUAAUAUUAAUACCGUUUUUAAAGCAUUCCUCUAGUUUAUUUAUUGAUACUCAUUGUGUUUAUGCGUGAACAGCAAAACUGAACAAUCGAACAGAUUUUGGAGGAGCAAAGUAUAAACUUUCUGAACGUACAAGUGUUCUUUGGGCAAAUAUUAACAUAUCAUUUUGGAAAAAAUGUCCUCUUUGUCUUUGGGCAGUUGGUGGUUUUCUUGUUCACCGAAGCUUGGUCUGUCCAUGUCAGAAACCAGAAACUGCUUUCAGUUUGUUGUAACUGCUGUAAAUGAUAAGUCAGAGCUAAUGGAUGUUUGGGGGACUCCCCCCUACACACACACACACAAGGAGUUUCUAGGUUUAUUGGUGUACGUCAGCUGCAGUCCUAUACCCACUUAACUGGGUGUAAGCUUCAUUGAACUCAACGGGACUUCUUUCUGAGAAAACAUGUAUAAGAUUGAUUGUGCUGUUAGAACUUGAGAAGACAGCUGUGUUUUUUGCAGACCAGUAACUUGUGGCUACUGUCCUGAUUGAGGGUGAAAUGAAAUUUUCAGCACAUCCAAGGACAAAAAAAAAUACCCUUUAUAAAUGGCCCAAUUAAUAACGUAGGAAAAUCAGAUACCUUCAUACAGACAAUAGCUCUUAGUGAUAGGUAUAACUGCGUUAUCCAUGUAAUUAUACUGCAAAAUGAACAAACACAGUGACUUUUCAUAGACUCGAUUUUGUAACCUUUGACAGUGUUUCACAGUGGGCUUCAAAGGACUUGUUUGGGUGUUAUCGACAUGUAUUUACAUUAUUUUUACCAUGUGUAUUAUAGCGAUUUUUAAAGACAUUUAUUAUGGAGACUUUUUGUAGCAUAACAUUUUUUAAAGGGAAAAAGGUAACAAAAUGAACUUAUGCUUGAAAAAUAAAGGGGGUCUCUCAGUCAAUCAAA